UUGUUCAACAAGUUCGAGCUACUUCAAACUUGCCAAGUUAAUUGAAUCUCAAAUUAUGGCUAUGUACAAAGAGGUAGAGACUCGACGUAGAAGAGGACGUGGUUUUUCCGAUAUGUCCCAGUACGAUAAGCACUACAUGCACGAGAGUCGCCGAGUUCCUCAAGUUGAAAACGUCGAUUCUGUACCACUUAAAUCGAAGGAAGGUUGGAUCUUGUUCAUUACAAACUUGCACGAGGAAACGACCGAGGAUGAUCUUCGUUUCACCUUCAACGAAUUUGGCGAAGUGAAGAACAUUGCUCUAAACUUGGAUAGGAGAACUGGAUUUGUUAAGGGUUACGCCUUGGUGGAGUACGACUCGUACAGUGAUGCUGUAACAGCAAAAGACUGUAUGCACGAGGCGGACUUCCUUGGGAUGAUCAUCAAAGUGGAGUUCUGCUUCUCGACCGGCCCGAACCAUUAAAGACACGGACAUGUUUUGGGAUGUAGGAGAGAUUGAUGAAUGAA